UUUUGUACAUCUAAUCAUAUUUAUUGUAGGUCCAGUUCAUUAAAAAAAUAUGAGAUUAAUUGCUUAGUUAUUUUAUGAAUUUGCACACAUAAUAUAAAGACACAAUUACGGCACUCAUCUUAGUAUAUAAGCCGUAUUAAAUAAUGGCUGAUGACAUUGUGUUUGAAUUGUUACAUUCAGAAAUUAUUAACUACGUUCUUGAAGAUUCAAAAACUACAAAUGGAAGUAAAGAAGUGGACUUGUCUCUUGUUGAGUAUAUAGGUUUUGCUGCUGGUUAUAAAAUAAUGGAGAGGCUGACUAGAGAAUGGCCGAGAUUCAAAGACGAAUUAGACACAAUGAAGUUCAUUUGCACAGAUUUCUGGACUUGUAUAUAUAAAAAGCAGAUUGAUAAUCUACGCACUAACCAUCAAGGGGUUUAUGUACUGCAGGACAAUGCUUUUCGUUUUCUUACAAACUUAUCAAACAGUCAACAGUACUUAGAAUUUGCACCAAGGUAUGUGGCCUAUACAUGUGGACUAAUAAGAGGAGGUCUGGCCAACUUAUGUAUAAACAGUGUGGUAACUGCAGAGGUACAGUCAAUGCCAUCAUGUAAAUUUCAUAUACAUGUUCAAAGAACUUAGAUAUUGUAAAAUAUAAUAAAAUAUUUGUCUUUAACCACUUCUUUAAAGAUUUUUUUUAUAUUCUUCUAAAUUGUGUCUUGCUUUAGAGAAUUACAUAGA